CAUUAAACAACAUGGGGUCAUAUUGUUAUUACCAUUCUAAACACGUUUACACUUUCAGUGAGUCUAUUGCACGUAUUGUAUUUGAAAUGCCAAAGGGAAUAUACACACAGGGUGAAAAGUAAUUAUUGAGGUAACUUAUGUUUUCACUAAUUGGGGAAAAUCUCAGUGUCGUAUUGAAGAAAUGAAAAAGUAUCCAAAGACUUCCUUCUCAACCAAGUCAACAAACUCACUUUUAAAGUCGAUAUGUGGUAAAGGUGAUGGCAACAUGCCAUCUCACUUGUUCUAAAGUUCAACAUCAGCUGCACGCGCCAUGGUAUAUGAGGAGUCGGAGUGACUUUUGUCCAGAACAAUAAUGGCCACGUACGCUCGGCUCCCGGGAUCCGUUGCUCUGAUAACGCUUCAGAAUCCACCUGUCAACGCGCUCAGUGCAGCGGUGCGACAGGGCAUAGUAGAUACGGUGCAGAGGGCCCUGAAGGACCCAAAGGUGACAUCUGUAGUGAUCUGUGGACAGAAUGGGAAGUUCUGUGGAGGGGCGGACAUCAGGGAGUUUGCGGGGCCGAUGUUGGGGCCCCCCCUGGUGCCCAUGAUCCAUGCUAUUGAGGCUGUGGACAAGCCUGUGGCGGCAGCCAUCGAGGGAGUAGCACUGGGAGGAGGACUGGAGUUAGCACUGGGCUGCCACUAUCGCAUUGCACACUCCAAGGCCCUUUUAGGACUUCCAGAGGUGACCCUGGGUCUGCUGCCAGGCGCAGGGGGGUCACAACGUCUACCCAGACUCAUAGGGUUAACAGCCGCCCUGGACCUCAUCACUACAGGUCGCCAUAUCUCUGCUGCUGAGGCCCUGAAGCUGGGGAUCCUAGAUCAGGUUACCGAUAACAACGUUGUGGACCAGGCCGUGGAGUUCGUCCGGAGCGUUGCAGGCCAGCCCCUGGACUCCCGUCGUCUGAGCACCCUGCCCUGCCCCUGCCCCCCAGACGUUGACUCCCUCUUGGACAAAGCCAUGGUCAAGGUCCGGCAGCGCUCCCGAGGUGCCCUGGCUCCGGUGGCCUGUGUUCAGGCUCUGAUGGCGGCUGCCUCCCUACCUUACACCCAGGGUAUGGAGAAGGAGAGGGACCUGCUGACCACCCUGUUCAACAGCGGCCAGGCCCGAGCUCUGCAGUAUGCCUUCUUCUCCCAGAGAGUGGUGGGGAAGUGGAGUCUGCCGAGUGGAGCGAGCUGGGACAACAGCGCUGCCAGGACCAUCAGCAAAGCUGCUGUUAUUGGUCUGGGUACCAUGGGGCGUGGCAUCGUUGUGGCACUGGCUCUGACGGGCAUCUCUGUGGUUGCCGUGGAGACCCAAGAGAAGCAGCUGGCAGAGGCCAGUCAGGCGGUUCCGGCGAUGCUGCAGAGAGAGGCGGGGCGGCGAAGCUUGGCCACACCCCCAGGGGUCAUCUCCUUCAGCUCUAACUUGCAGGACGUUAGUGAGGUGGAGUUGGUGAUCGAGGCGGUGUUUGAGGACAUGUCCCUGAAGCUGCAGGUGUUUAGGCAUAUGACCUCUGUGUGUAGACCUGGGACCUUGCUCUGCUCCAACACCUCUGGCUUGGACAUCGACCAGCUAGCUGCCGUCACCCAGAGUCCUGGCCUGGUGGUGGGGAUGCACUUCUUUGCUCCGGCCCACGUCAUGAAGCUGCUGGAGGUGGUGUAUGGUCCACGGUCAUCUCCGGAGGCGGUCGCCACGGCAAUGCAGCUGGGCAAGAGGAUGGGGAAAGUCAGCGUCGCCGUGGGCAACUGUCCGGGGUUUGUGGGUAACCGGAUGUUGAAGCCGUACCUGGAACAGGCCAACUUCCUGUUGGAGGAAGGAGCCACGCCCCAGCAGGUGGACGAGGUGCUGGAGGAGUUUGGAUUCCCCAUGGGCGUGUUCCGGAUGUCUGACCUAUCAGGGCUGGAUGUGGGCUGGAGGAUCAGGAAGGAGGCGGGGCUUACAGGGCCAGGGGUGGAGUCAACCAGGACACGCCAGGGCCGACGGUACAGCCCGCUACCUGACCAGGUGUGUGAGGCAGGCCGGCUGGGCCAGAAGACGGGGAGAGGAUGGUACCAGUAUGACGGGCCUGGAGGCAGGGUGGCACGGUCCGACCCCUGGGUGCACAUCUUCCUGGAGGCUUACAGGGCGGAGCACGGCCUGGUGGCCCGGAGCAUCGCCCCGGAGGAGAUCCUAGAACGCUGUCUCUACGCUCUGAUCAAUGAAGGCUUCAACAUCCUGCAGGAUGCCAUGGCCGCCGGACCGGAAGACAUUGACGCCAUCUAUGUGUUUGGGUACGGCUGGCCCCGGCACCACGGGGGACCCAUGUUCCAUGCAGGCCAGGUGGGAUUGGGCAGGAUCCUGGAGAGGCUGCAGCACCACCACCACAACCACCCUGACGUGCCUCAUCUGAAGCCCAGUACGCUGCUGCGGAGGCUGGUCGCAGUGGGAAGUCCUCCGGUCCAGAAGUGGAGAGAGUUCAUCAACAAAGAAAGAGUACACAGUCAGCUCUGAGAUGCCCCAGUCUCACCUGUCAAUGCAGCCCUGGGAUUUAAUAAUAAAGUCUCACAUUAGAGAUACGCCCAGGGAUUUCUAGGGGGAUUUCUAGGGUGAUUUCUCAGGGGAUUUCUAGGGUGAUUUCUCAGGGGAUUUCUAGGGUAUCAGUGCCUUCCCCACCAUCAGCAUGUGUGCCAAGUAUCUUAGGAAAUGUGUACUAAAUACAUUUUCUGUAAUACAUUUUCUCAUGCUUUCAAAAUAAUACCCUCCGACACAUUUAUGGAGGGUUGGUAUAGUGUUUAAUUGGGGUAAGUUGGCUUAAUAUUUGACUAGAUUUAGCUGAACAGAGAAUUGGGUAUUUAGACAAGUCAUACUCAUAACUUAGUGUCAGUGGGGUUUAGCCUUCGGCUGUUGGCAUUUCAUUCACCCUCCUGUCAAAAUGAAUUAACCAGACAUUAGAGAGGUCCUGAUGCAGACUGAAUCUGCAACCAGGCCUAUGUCUCUUAGAGAACCAGCCUGAUCGCUGGCUCAAUUCAAUCAAAACUCUUUGCUCUUUUUCCAAUGGUCAAAUGAACUCACAGACUGGUCUUAGGCUCUGUGUAAAAACCUACAUCUACUACCAGGGCGACCCCACCCCCCAACAGGUAUGCUUUCACUUUUCAGAAUUAGAAGUGUGUGGGAUGAAUAUUGUAAAUAAAGACAUUGCUAUGGCUGGUUUGAAUGAAUACAAAACAUAAGCCAUUCCAAAUGUAGACAUACAGUGCAUUCAGAAAGUAUUCAGACCCCUUGACUUUUCACACAUUUUGUAACGCCACAGCCUCAUUCUAAAAUGAAUUAAAUAAAAAAUCUGACAAAGCAAAAAUGGGUUUUUAGAAAUGUUUGCAAAUGUAUUAAUAAAAAACAAGUAUUCAGA